GAAAGCGGCUCUUUGCAGGAGUUGCAGUUGUUGGUGCAAAGCCUGACAAAGAAAGUAGGCGACGAAGAAGAGAAGUAUAGCCUCCUCCAGGAACAGACUAAGAGUCUCAAAGAGCUGCUGGUGUCUGAGAAAGCCCAGUUUGAAGAGAAGGAGAACAUGUACAAACAAAAUAUACAAACAUUUAAGGACAUCAUUUUAGAAAAGGACAAUAAGUUGCUGGAGGUGAACAAGAUGCAUGAGCAGGAACUGUUUCGGCUUGCAGCCAAGUCAGACGCCAGUGCUGAUCUUGAGCAGCUCCUGAAGGCACUGAAACAGAAGCUCCAUGAGAAGGAGGAGGUGUUGUUGGGUAAAGCACAGGUGAUCGAUGUCCUGCAGGGAGAGGUGGAUGCUCGUGACCAGCAGAUAAAAGAGUUGUCUGAAAGGAUGAGACGUUUGCAAAGUGAAAGAGAGAACAUGCAGUCUAAACUAGAAGCUGAGAAGCAUGUUAUGCGUGCACAGCUGAGGGACCUCAUGGAAAAACAUGAAGCUGAACUGCGACGCGUCACUGAGAAACAUGAGCGCGAGAUGUCUGAAAAAGAAGAGGCACUACGCACUCAGCUUGAGGCCAUGAGGAGGUCCUCUGCUCAACCUGCAACACCUACUGACACAUCCACAGACAUGACCACCAACAUACCCACAGCCCAGAGAGUUGCAGAACUGGAAGCUGAAGCUAAGCUGAAAACAGAGGAGGCCAGCAAAUCUGAGGCAAAGUUCUUAAAAAUGAAGGCCUGGUCUAAGUCUCGCAUCAAACAACUAGAGGAUGAGCUGAAGAAGGCUCAGUCUGGGAGCGCAACCCCAGAUAUCACUGCCCUGCGCAGCCGUGUUACAGCACUGGAGGAGGAGAGGGAAGAGAUGCUUUGCAAACUGGACCAGUAUGAUGAACUCAAGGCUCAAAACGAUCUGUUAGAGGCCAAGCUGGUAGUGUAUGAGGAGCAGCAGAGGAAGAUGCAGGCAGACCUAGAGCAGGUCACAAAGAGGGCUGCCUCUCAGGUCAGAACAGCCUCUUUAUCACUGGCGAGCGAAUCUGGAAGUGCGGAUGAUUUUCAGAGUCAGGUCCUGGAGUGGCAGGAGAUGGUUACCAUGGUGACAGAGGCAGAGGCAGCGCGAGACCAAGCUCGCGAGGAGAAGAAUGCCAUGGUGCUCAGGAUAAGCCACAUGGAGGAAGAGAGAGAGGCACUGGUCAGUCGGCAGCAGGAGUUGGAGGAGGAGCUGGCUCAAGCACGAAGCCUUCACACACACAAGGGCAAGAAGCUGGGAGACCCUGCAUCUCGCAGUCUGCAGGAGGACUUUGACUUUGAUGGAAGACAACCUUUGCCAGACCCUCAAAGCCUCUCUGGUAACACUACUCCCAUGGAAGGAGAGAAUAUGGGAGAGGGUUUGAGGUCUGUUGUAGAGGAACUGGAGCUAGAGAGAAACCAGCUUCAGGAACAGAUCCUUAGUUUAGAAGAGCGAUGCCAGGACCUUGAAGAUCGUCUGCAACUUCAGGCCCGUAUUGAAUCGCUACAGACUGAGUCUGAGCGACUGCAGGCUCAGCUGACUAGCCUGCGUGCUCAGCAGAGCAGAGAUGCAGAAAAGCACCAGCUUCUCGUCACAAGUCUCAACGAGCAACUGAAAGGACUGAGUAGCACGCAGGAGUGUCUGGAGUCGUCACUUAUAGAAAAGGAGCACACAUUGGCCAAGACUUCAGAGAAACUAGAGCUCAUAGACAGUCUUCGCGAAGCCUUGAGGGAGAAGGAAGAACAGCACAAAGAGGUUGCUGAUAGAUUGCUUCAAACUGAGCUAAAUCUGACAGAAGUCACCAAGAAAUGCAGUACCUUUGAGAAACAGUGCUCUGAAAUGAAAAUAACAGUUACUGAACUCACACAGAAGCUGGGUGCUCUGAAAGAAAAGACGCAGAAACAAGAGGCCACAAUAGAGUCACUGCAGAGUGACCUGGAUCAAACAAAUGAUGAACUGGACAAGCUAAAUACCACACAUUUGGAAGAGAGGGCACAGCUCAUUCAUGACCUUCAAAGCUGCGAGCGGGAGAUUGACAAUCUCAAAGACACCAUAACAGAAAAGGACAAGGAGAUCACUGCUCUUUCUUCCAAUUUAGGAGAGUAUGCUGAACAAAUCCACAGUCUCAAACAGGAGAUAAAGUAUAAAGAAGAGGACCUUGUUCGUAUGGAAUCUGCUCUAGCCAAAGCAGAACGUGAAGUACAGAUCAUCCGAGACUCUCAAUCUUCUGACCAGCUGUCUCUUAAUGCCCAGUUAGCCGAGUUGAUUGAAAACCUGAAAAGCACAGAGGCUGACCUAACUGAGACCAAGAAACAGAACAAGUUUCAGUCCCAGGAGAUUGACGACUUAACUAAACAAACUCAAUUGGACAAACAGACGAUUCAAGACCUCCGCAUGGAAAUACAGAAUCUCAGUGUGUCUCAACGUAACCACUUAUCAGAGUGCGAAACUCAAAUUGCAUCUUUAAGGGAAAAGCUUCAGGAGUCUGAGGAAAUUCUCUUGCAGCUGAAGGAGACGAAGUCCUCCAAUGAAAAACUAAAAGACCAGCUGCGUGAUAAAGAGCAAUCAUAUCAAAAUGAAUUGAAGUCAUUCAAGGAGGAACGUAAUGAGCUUCUUGCAAAGAUUGCUAAACAUAAUAACGAGCUUCAGGCUUUGUCCAAACAGCUUGAGAGUCAGGCUGAAGGUCAGGAACAUGUUAAACAUGUGGUGCAAGAGAAGCAAGAGGCCAUAGCUUCUCUGGAGGAGAGGCUGAAAAAUAUGCAAGAGGAGGCAGAGGCAGAAAGGCAGAGACUGAAUGCAGAGCUUAAGACUAAAGAUGAUGACAAGAAAACAUUAGAAAAUGAAAUCACAAGUAAAACUGCAGUCAUUUCGGAGUUGAAUGUCAAGGUGAAAUCUUUAGAGGAGGACAACCAGAGUCUUAAGACAGCCCUGAAAGAGAAAUCAGAGGAGCUUGUUGCUCAAAAGCAGCUUCUGGAUGAACUUAACCGAAAAAUGAGUGCCAUAAUUGAGGAGAACACCAACAUGCAGUCUCAAGUGAAAAAUCUUACUGGCGAAAAUUCUAAACUUCAGCAAGAAAUAAAUACCAAAAUUCAGUCCCUCUCAGAGACUGAAGAGGAAAGAAACACCUUGCUAACUAAAAUAUCCAGUCUUGAAAUGAUGCAGUUAGAAGAAUGUAAGGUAAUAGAAAGCCUAAAGAAAGAUAAAGAAGAAUUAAGUGUUAGAACUGCUGAACUGAAUAAAGUCCUUGAGCAGAAUAAGCAGUCCAUUUCAGAGAGUCUUUUGGAAAAGACAAAUGAGUGUAGUCAUCUCACCAAGUUGCUAAGAGAAAGUGAAGAGAGAGUAACAUAUUUAAAAGGACAAGUUGAGAGUUUAAAUUCCCGUGUUGAUCAGUUAAACGCUAGCAUUGCUGACAAAGAUAAAGUUGUUUCUGAUCAAAAUGCACACAUAGAUUUUCAGCAAACUCAGCUUGUGCAACUCCAAGAGACUUUGUCUCUCUUGCAGAAUGAAGUAUCUACUCUGAAAUCGGGACUCAUAGAAAAAGAAGGUGUUCUGGAACAAAGAGCCAAAGAAAGUGCCUCUUUGAAGGGUGAACUUCAGCAGUUGAGUCAAAGUCUUAAAGAACGAGAAGAAACCCUCAAGAAAUUGACUGAGGGAUGUAAAUCACACAUGGAUGAGCUAAAUAAAAGAAAUGAGACUGUCACCUCUCUGAGUGGCCAAUUGGACACUGUGAAUGAAAAUAAUGUGAAGCUGGAAGCUGAUAAUACUAACCUGAAGAAUUCCCUUGAAACUCUGUUGACAGAUAGUAACAAACUACGAGAUGGCCUUGCACAGAAAGACACUGAGAUUGUUGGCCUUCGCGAACAUGUACAAGCACUUAAUGUACAAAAUCAGCAAUUGCAGACUCUUUAUGAAAGUAGGGAAAAAGAACUAAUUGAAACAAAACAAGUUAUUUCUGAUUUGAAUAAGAAAGCUUCUGCAAUACUUGAGCAGAAUGGUGAUCUUGAUUCUCAAAUACACAGACUUAGAGAACAAAAUUGCAGCCUUCAAGCAGAAAGAGAUAAAAUGAAAAACUCACUUGACAGUUUAACUGAAGAAAAGAAUGCUUUGGAGAAUAAAGUAUCUGGAUUAGAAAUUCAGCAUAAGGAAAACUGUAAAAUCAUAGAGAGCCUUCUGAAAGACAAAGAAGAAUUGGUACUACAGACAGACAAACUCGGUAAAGUCAUAGAGCAAAGUGAACAGUCUGCAACAGAGAAUUAUCUAGAAAAGACAAAUGAAUGCAGUCGUCUCUCGGAGCAGCUCAGAGAACGUGAGGAGGCAGUUUGCCAUUUACAGGCACAGUUGGAGACCUCAAAUUCUCAGAUUAUGCAACUCAACCACAGUAUUUCUGAAAAAGAUAAGACCAUUGCUGAUAAUUCUGCACAAAUUGAGGGAAAUCAAAGCCAGUUAGCUCAGCUUCAAGAGACACUGGCACUUCUUCAGGAACAAAGUAGUGCUCUUAAAUCUGGACUCUUGGAGAAAGACACCAUGUUGCAGCAGCAAGCAGGACAGCUUUCUUCUUUGCAGGGAGAACUAAAUCAGCAGCGAGAUUGUUAUUCCAACCUUCACUCUGAGAUGGAAUCUCAUAAAGGUGAAUGUUCACGAUUAAGUCAGCUUCUAGAAGAAAGAGAAAGAGUUUUCAAUGAGAAGGUUUUGGAAUGUCAAAGGCACACAGAUGAACUGAACAUCAGAAACAAUUCUCUUAUUUCACUGAACAAUCAGCUGGCUACUAUGAAUGAAAACAUCAUGAAGCUGGAAUCUGACAAUGCAGAUCUUAAAAGGUCUUUGGAGAAAAAUUUAGUAGAAAGCACAAAAUUGCAAGAGGAAAUGACUGCGAAACAGACAAGAAUAGCAGAUCUUCAGGACAGUGUUCAGGCUUUAAGUGAGCAAAAUGAUAAAUUGAAAGCUGAUCUCGGAAGUUCAGUAGCAGAGCUAUCUGGAAAACUUGAAAAAAUUGCCGCUCUCCAGACUGAAUUGUCUAACAAAGAAAAAUGUUUGGCUUCUUUGACUGAAAAACUAUCUACUGAGUCCUCAGAAAGGGAGAGCUUACUUCUGACAUUGCAACAGAGAGAUGAAUCUCUGAGGCAGCAGGAGACAUUUAUAAAUCAGUUGCAGGUCAGAUCAGUGGAAGGUGAGGGUCAGAUCAGUCAGAAAAUGGAGACCAUUACCAAGCUACAAAAAGAAGCUCAGACCUUACAAACAGCUAUGCAGGACAAGGAUGUUUUGUUGCAUGAGAAAGAAAGAGAGUUUACAUCUUUCAGGAAAAAAUUAAUGAUCGAAUUAGAGGACUCAAAAUCACAAUUGAACCUUAAGGAGGCAGCCAUCUCCAAACUUGAAGAGGAUUUACAGAACAUGUUGAAGAAGAACGACCACCUUACCAAUUUGGUAGCUGAGAAGGAUGCCCAUUUGAAGCAGAAAGUAGAUGAAUAUGUGAAUAUAAAGACACAUGUUUCAACUCUGGAGGACUCUGUUUCUCAGUUAAAUGCUCAAGUUAAUAGUUUAACAGCUGAGGCUUCACAGCUUAAGGAAACCUUGAUGCAGAAAGAGAAAGCUAUUUUUGAGCUGAAGAGCACAUCCACAGCACAGAAUAGCCGCUUAAUUGAAGAACUGAAGACCAAAGAUUUAGAGUGUGAAAACUUGAAAGAACAGUUAUCUCAGCUUAAAGAGUCUGUCUCAGCUUUGAGCAAUAAUUUGAGUGAGCAGUCUUCAGAAAUUGCUAGGCUCAAAGUAGCCCUUGAGGAGAGCAACUCCACGGAAGUGGAACAAACGAAAGCCCUGAAGGAAUUACAGAGGAGAGCAGAUGAAGCUGCCCUGUUUAAGUCUCAGUUCAUGGAAAGCACAGAGCUUGUAACUCAGCUACAGAGUCAAAUUCAAGAGCUCUCACUUGAGUCCUCAAAGCUUGCCAAAUUAGUUGAAGAGAAACAAAGUGCCUUAAUGAAUCUUCAGGAAAAGUUUGCCUCUAAUUUAGAGGAGCUUCAGGAAUCCAAAACUCUUCUCUCCCAAAGGAAUGAGGAACUGUCAAAAAUGAACAGGGCUCUUCAUGAGCGUAGUGAAGCAAUUCAAACUGCAGAGAACACUAUCAUCAGUCUCAGGCAAGAGGCUGCUCUACUACAGGGUGAGCUACAACAUUUAAAAGUGUUCAGCGAUGCCCUCUCAAAGGAAAAGGAUGACACCCAUCAAAGAAGUACUGCCUCUCUGACUGCUGAGAUUGAGAAAUUAAAAUCAGAACAUCUUGAAGUUUCUGCUCAGGUUAAUACUCUGACAGAAAGCCUUGAACAAAGAGAAGCGGCUUUGCAUGCAAUCGACAGUCAGUACAUUGCUCAGGUAAAACAUGCAGAGCAUCUGCAGUCAGAGAUGCAUAAAUUAAACGAACUUAACAAGAACCUACAAGAUGAAAUUUGUUUGAUCAAACAAGACUUUCAGCAGAAGCUAGACAUGCUCAGCAGUGAAAAAGCACUAAAAGAAGAAGAGGUCAAAACAUUGGUUUUGGAAAAAGAGGAGCUCUACAGGACUCACAACAUUCAGAUUCAAAGAAUACAGGAGCAGUUUCAACUCCAGAGUCAACAGCAGUCCUAUAGCAUGAAUGAAGUGGUGGAGAAAAUGAAAGCAGAGAAGGAGCAACUCCAGGUACAGGUUAGUGUUGAAGGUGAAGAAAUCACCAGAUUGAAAUCUGAAAUUCAAAGAAUAGAGAACAUUCUUCAGGAAUCUGAGAAAGAGUGGCUGUGUGUUCUAGAUAGGGAAACACAGGAUAAGAAUGCCCUUUCCGAACGACUUAAAAAUGUUGAAAAUGAGUUGAAGACCAAAGACGUAGAAGUUCAGGCUCUGAAGCAGAGUGUUGACCAUUUGAAUGAAAAGCUGCUAGAGGCUACAUCUGUCAUUAAACUCUCCUCAGAGAAAAUUGAAGAAAAAGAAGCAGAGGCUUUAACGAACAGAAGUAAAUUAGAGGAUCUAUUGAAAACGGUUCAGUCUAAAGAAAAUGAGAAUGUUGAGUUGACCAAGAUGUUGCAUGAUGUGGAAACUAAAUUUGUCAAUUUAGAAUUAAGCAAACAGCAAGCUGAAGAAGAGGAGAAGAUCUCCCUUCAUGUUACAGUUGAACAGUUGCAAAAAAAUCAUCAGACAGAGAUGCAGUCCUUAAGAGAAGAAUUGGACAAAGUGUGUGAGGAGCUACAACAAAAGCAGUUAGACUUAGUUGAGAUAGAGGGGAAACAUAAAGACAGUUGUGAACAAGUUGCUUUGUUGUCAGAAAAAGCACACAAUCUUCAACUUAAUCUCCAAAGUGACACUGACAAGCUUAGAGAGGCAGUCAUCAAGCAGACAACUCUACUCUCUGAAAUUCAAAAGAAAGAUGAUCAGAUAAGCAGUCUGAACAUUCAAAUUAGUCAGCAAAAGGAAUUACUCACCGGUCUUAGCCAGCAGUUAAAAGAGAAAGAUGUUUCAGUGACACAAAUAGUUGCGUCAGCCUCGAAUGAAAGGAUGAAAGAUGCAGAGGAAAAGAGAGGUCUUCUCUCAGAGUUGGAAAACCUUGGAAAUGCACAUAACAGUUCAGUCAAAGAACUGGAAUAUGUUUCAUCUGUUUUGGAAGAAACGAAAAGGCAUCUCUCCCAUUGUCAGAGCCAAAUAGAAAACAAAGAGGCAGAGAACACAAGCUUGCUCAAAGACAUAGAAGAUCUUAAAGCUGAAAUGACCAAACAGACAAAAGAAAGAGAGGCUAUAAAGAAAAAGCUUCAAGCAGCACUAGUUGUCAGGAGAGAAUUACUUAAGAAAAUGGAAGAAUAUGAAAACCAAAGGGGUGAAAGCACAAAAAUUGACUUUGAAAUGACAAAUUUACAAGAGAAGUUGAUGGGACUGAUGUCACAGAUGGAAGGUAUGAAAACAGAUCACGAGGCAGUUGUUUGCGAUUUAAAACAGCAGAUACUGCAGAAAGACAAUGCAGUCUUUGAGUUAACACAGGCAAUUUCAGAAAAGGAUCAGCACAUUGAACAAACGAAGAACAGUCAUCAUUGUUUAGAGGUGAAAUGUAAUGAACAAGAAGCAGCUUUGAGUUCCACCCUCCAGACACUUAAUGAGAAGAUGGAACUAAUUGAAAAACUUCAAAUUACUCUCUGUGAAAAAGAUGAAGCUUUUGAACUUGAACGAAGCAGGCUGUUGAUGGAGUCAGAGGAACUUAAAAAUGAAAUGGUGAAGAAAGAGGAAAGUUUGAGAGAGGAGUUUUCUAGAUUUCAAGCUACCAGUGGAGACACAGAAAGCGAGCUGACCAAGCUUAAACAAGAGAAGGUAAUUCUACAGAAGAAGGCACAUGCUGCUCUUUUGGCUCGGAAAGAGACGCUGAAGAAAUCUGAAGAAACUGAGAAAAAGUAUGCACAAGAGCUUGCUGAACUCAAAGGUAACUACAGUGAGCUUUUGGAGAAACAAACUCAGUUAACAAAUGAACUUUGUUCUAUUCAAAUAAAAUAUGAAGAGAAGGUCAGUGAGUUGGAGAGUGUCCAACAGAGCUCAGCAUCUCUCCAGGAUGAAUUGGAUGCUCUGAGGAGUACUAAGGAAAAUAAUAGUUUGCUACAAGAUUUAAGACUGUCUUUAGAAGAGAAAGAGCGAUUACUGACAGAGGCAUCCUCAUCACAUCAGAAAGAGUUAGAAUGCCUUAAGUCCCAACUGAAAAAUGUAUCUUCUGAAAUGGCAUGUAAAGAUGAAGAACUACUGUCACUAGAAAACCGUUCCAAAGAGUUAGCCGAAAAAGUAGAACACAUGGCAUUGGAACUUGAAAAUUCUUGCAAAGUGUCCCAAGGAAUUAUCUCAGAAAAGGAAGACUGCAUUGCUGCUCUAGAGCAACAAAUGCAGAGGCAGAUUCACAUGCAUGAAACUGAAAUGGAAAAACUUCGAAUUGAAGUUAGUACAUUCCAACAGAAAUCAGCACAAGAUGUCACUGAAAAUAAAUCAAAAGAGCAGCUAACGAAGAAACUCCAAGCAGCCUUAAUAUCUCGUAAAGAGGCAUUGAAGGAGAACUCCUCUCUCAAGGAGCAAAUACAGAGAUUGUCAACUGAAAAUAAGAUAAUGCAGACUGAGACCUCAUCCCUUAAUAGUGUUAUUUCUGGGUUAAAACAACAGAAGGGGGACCUGGAAGUCCUUGUGUCAUCCCUGACCACAGACAAAGAAAAUCUUGUCACUGAAGUAAGUCGACUUUUGAAUGAUAAUCAUAACCUUUCAGCAGCUUGUGAGAGCCUUAAACUUACAAUAGAGAACAUUACCCAGCAAAAACAAGCCUUUUCAUGUCAGUUAGAAUCUCUUAAAGACUCACAGACUGAGGAACUGUCAGAAUGGAAGUCCAAGCACACAGAUUUGAAACAGGAGUAUGAAUCUCUUUUGGAAGCAUAUGAGAAUGUCAGCAGUGAAAUGGAUAAAAUGAGGCAGCUACUUGAAGGGGCAAAGCGAGACAGACAGGAGGCUGUCUUGAGAGUCCACAAAUAUGAAUCUGAAAUACAGGUUCUUGAGAAGCAAACUGAAGAACUGAAAGAGGAAAAUGAAAGAAUAAAAGACAAAAUGAGAAUGUUUGCUAAAGCAAAGCAGCAGAAGAUUGAAGAACUUGAAGAAGAAAAUCAAAAAAUACGUAAGGACUUGAUUGAAUUUGAUGAGAAACAGAAGCUCUCUACUGAUGAACUGACCGCUAUAAACAAUCAGCUGGAAGCUGAAAUAUGCUGUCUUAAAAUUUCAUCUGAAGAACUCAAGGGAAAACUGGUUGAAAUUCAACUUGACAAUAGCAAGUUAGCUGAAGAACUCAAAGAAACAAGCUCAUCUCUGGACAGGUGGAGCAUUGAAUCAAAAACAGUAGAAAAUAAUCUGCAGCAAAAACUCAAUGAAGCUCUCAGUUUGAACAAUUCAUUUACAGCCCAGAUUGAGGCUCAGAAAGCAGAAAUAGCUGCUCAACAUGAAAUUACAGAGCUAAUACAAAAGGAAAAGCAGGAGCUUCUUGGAAAAUUAAGUGAGACACAGAAUGCCCAUGAAGCAGAAUUAAGUGAGAGGGACAAAAUUGUGGUAGAGCUUCAAGACAUUAUUAAUAGAAAUCGCCAAGAGACCAUAAGUCUAAAUGAGAAAGUUAAAAUUUUGGAAGAUGAUAAGUGUCUCCUGCAGGAAGAACUUGAGAAUGUCCAAGAGAUAUCUGAUAAAGUGAAGAAUGAGAAUGAGUAUCUGGAGACGUUGCUUCUCAAAAAUUCUGAGAGAAUUGAUGAAUUGACAGAGGCUAUUAAUGUCUUACAGUCACAAAAUAUGCAACUCUCAACUCAGCUGGCGGAAAGUAAAGAAGAAAAAUCUAAGAUCUACCAGGAGAGAGAGGAGCAGCAAUUGAAGCUGAUGAAAGAAUUUGAGGAAAAACUCAAGGCCAUCCAGAGAGGAAAUGAGGGCUCUAAGAAUAUGAAGAAAGAACUUCAAGAGCUACUCAAAGAGAAGCACCAAGAAAUCAAUCAACUUCAGUGUGACUGCAUCAAGUACCAGGAACUCAUUCUGAACCUAGAAAAGACUGUAAAAGACUCUCAGUCAGAACACCAGCAGACAGAGAGAGACCUGAAAAUGACAAAAGAGAAGAUGUCAUCUUUAGAGCAGGAGAUGGAGAAUCUUGAAACAGAGUUAAAAAUGCACAAAAAUCUUCUUAGUGAGACUAGGAAAGAUUUGCAGUUGGUGACCUCUGAAAAGGACAGUUUGCUUCAGGAACUUGCAGACAAGAAACAACAGUCUGAACUUCAGGCCAGUGAGAGAGAAAAGGCAUUUGAAAAACUGAUAGAACAGCAGAAAGCUAUAUCUCAGCAAUAUCAGUCUGAACUACAUAAACAAAUAAAUGACUUACAAGAACAGAGAGACCAGGAAGCUCAAGUAACAUUGUCAUUACAGAAGCAAGUAGACUCCCAGAACCUACAAAUUAAAACUCUUCAGCGAGAAGCAGAGACUCAUAUGGCCAAACUUGCUGUAUUCACUGUUAAUCCUGAGAAAGCUGAUGCAGCAAAGCAGUGGGACAGUGUUUUCCAAAAGACUUUAAACGAAAAGGAUAGCCAGCUUUUAGAGCAAGGUUUUGUUAUAACUAGGCUUUUAGAGGAGGUUAGAGGGAAGGUGAGAGCACUGAAUGAAAUGCAAAUCACAAAUAAAAGGUUUGAAAGAACUUUGAAUGAAUACUCUGUUGCUGCAGCUGCACAACAGAGGCAGCUCUUCGUUAUGGAGGCAAACAAUAGUGAACUUAACCAAAAUUUGGAGAUUUUGAAUAUGCAGAUGCAGGUACAGAUUGCUCGUCUUGAAAAACUAGAGAGUGAAAAGAGCUCACUGAUCAAGGAGCUUGAUGAAAAACUGGAUUACACAGCCCAAAUGCAGUUACAUCUUGAACAUGUAGAGAAGACAUUGUCAGAUACAGAGUCCCAGCUCUUAUUACUCCACACCCAGCAUGACAAGCUCAUUGCUGAUUUUGAGAAACAAGAGGCUAUUUCAUCCCAGUUGAAAUCUCUCGUUCAGAAUAAAGAUGCAGAAAUAUCUGCUCUUUUGUCCUCUAAAGAUGGUCAGAUGUCAGGUUAUCUGGAGCAGUUACAGGCUAGUCAUCGAACUCAGAUGGCAGAGUAUGAGGACAGGCUAACUUCCCUUUACUCAGAGAAAGAAAAACUUGAUAAGGAAUGUAGAAGGCUGGAUAACAAGGUGAAAUCUCUUCAAGUCAGACUUGAAAAGUCUGGACAGGAAAAUGAGCAAAUAACAGUAAAACUGGAGACUAUUAGGAGCUCUAUGGCAACUUUACAAAAUGAGAAGGAACGGUUAAUGUCAGAGUACCAUGCUCUUCAAAUGCAGCAGGAUGGGACAAAGGAAAGAGAUGCAUUAGAGGAGGGUGGUGCCCCCAAGGGUCUGAAACGUGAAAUCAAGACCUUACUUCACCAAAUGGAUGAUCUGAAUUCAGAAAAUGCCAUGCUCAAAGCACAACUGGUACGAUACAGAGAGGAUUUAAACCAGGUGUUGUCUCUGAAAGACAACCAGCUGAAAGAUCUUCUUAAAAAGCAGCAGGAUUCAAUGAAAAACAUUGAAAACCAAAAAAGUGCUGUUGAAAAGCAGUAUCACGAAAGCCUUUCCAGGCUACAGAAGGAGGAGGAAACAAUAAAUGCCUUAAAAGAUGAAAAUUCUAAACUAAAAUUUCAGGUGCAAGAAUUGGAAACCAGUUUAUUGGCCUUACAGAGGGAGAAGUCUGAGACAAAUGAAAGUAAAGUAAUUGCUGAUUUGCAACAGGCCAUAGCAGCCAAAGCCUCUGAAUGUAAUGACCUUCAGCAAAAAUUGUUUGCACAAAAAGUAGCAACAGAUGAUUUAAACAAGAGAGUGCAACAGCUUGAGACUGAGACCGAGAGGAAAUUAGGCGAGGCUGAGGAUAAGUACAACAAUGAACUUGAUAAUUUUGAGCGAGAAGUGGACCUAAUAAGAAAUGAGCGAGAGACCACACAACAAAGAGUUGCAGAUUUGGCCAGGGACCUGAUGCAAAUAGAGCAACAGUUAUCGCAAUCGCAGGCCCAGAAUAAGGAUCUGAAGUCACAGAAUGACUCGCUGGGCAAAGCCAUGGCAGCCUUGCAAAACGACCGUGAUCAGCUAAUUGAUGACUUCAAGAUUUUACAACGCAAGUAUGAUGAGGAACUCAGGGAUACCACAGCAGCCAUGAACAAACUAGAGAGACAGCUCAAUGAAGCCGCAUCAGAACUGACUGCUCUGACAACAGAAAGGAAUGUAUUGGUCCAGAAACUCCUGGCCCUUGAAGGCACUGAUCCACAUUCUCAGCUUACCAAACUUGUGAAUGAUCUGUCACAAGCAGUUUCAGAAAAAGAGCUAGAGCUGAAACGUGUCUCAACGGAGAACAGUUCGUAUAGCAGGCAGGUGACUGCAUUCUCCAAAGCCAUGGCCAGUUUGCAGUGUGACCGAGACAGGCUAAUGGAGGAACUUAGAGGAGCCAAGAGGGCAUUUGCAUCCAGACAACAGUCGAGUCCUCAUGAGAACACUCCUGGCAAAGCUGGGGGGUUGACUAGCCUUAGCUUCGAUGUCGAUGCCCUUCAGGUUGAAAGAGAUGGGCUGUUAAAAGAGGUUUUGAAUCUGAGAUCUCAGAACUCAGAAUUGGCAGACUUGAAGCUGAAGUAUGAUGACCUUCAAACAGUGCUCCAGCAGGCACAGGCCAACCAGCUGCAGUAUGAGAAGGAAAUUGCUGGAUGUCAAGCAGAACUAGCAGAGCUCAGGUUGGAGAAUAGCAGGCUCCAGUCUGAAUGCCAUGUCCUCAAGGAGUGCACUGCUCAGCCGAUCCAUCCUAUCAAGGAGUCAGUGGCUCCGCUGGGUAAGGAUGCGUCCUCAGAGGCAAUAGUGCAGCUGCAGACAGAAAGAGCUCAACUUCAGAGAGACCUCCAGCGCUGCCUCCAAGAGAUCCACCAGAGGGACCUUGGCUUCCAGCAACUCAACAACAAGCUACAGCAGGCUAUAGAGGAAAAGACUGGAGUCUCUGCUCAGCUGAGGGCUGUGUCUCAGACACUCAGAGACACACAGUUGAAUCUCAAUGAACUGCAGAACCGCUGCUAUUGGCUGGAGACCCAGCUCCAAAAUCAGCUGGCACCUGCACAGCAGCAGGGAGCAGUGUGUGCAGAAGUGGCUCCUGGAGCGCCUCAGGAGAAGACCAGUGCAGUGGUUGAUCUGGAUGGCCCAGAGAGCCGAGAGCUCAGGAGCAGAUUGACAGAGGCAGAGUUCCAGCUUGACCAUGCUCAGCAGAAUGUAUCUCAGCUCACUGAAAGGUUGGAGGAAGAGAGGGCCAGGAGAGAAUCAGCAGAGGAGGCUCUGAGACUGAUGGAACAGAGAGCGAAGAAUUUGGAGCCUAGUCCAUCCAAGUCUUCUCAGAAAGACUUUAGUAUUCAGCUGGAAACAGAUGAGGAGUGGGAGGCUCUCAUUUUGGACCCUAAUCAGCACAUGCUUAUACACAAGAUGAAAAGUGGAGUACAUUCCUGCAGACGCUGGUUACGUGGACGCAGCUUGUACUGCUCAAAGAUGCUGACGUCAAGGGCCAAGUCUCGCUACCUGUUUUUGGCAUACCUGUUAACUCUUCAUGUGGUGGUCUUCAUGUGCCUCAGUGGUGCUCUGUAGAGAAGAAACACUCACUAUGGCCUAUCACAUUCUGCAGCUUCUUCCUCUGAACAACAUGAGGAGAACACCAAAAACCAUCUAAAAUAUUAUGUUUUAUUGGCAUUGCCCAGGAUAGUCUUCUUUAUUGUAAGCAGAGCUUUUCACCUUAAAAAUUGGGUUUAAUCUCACUGAGUGUUACCUGGAGAUGGAAAUGAUUGUGCAGAAGGACAGACAGACUUUCAGUUAUCAUCCUCAGUGACAGAUAAUAUGUGCCAUGUGUCAUAUAUUGGUUUAAUCUGAAUAGAACAAUAACUUCCAUCUGAAAAUCCCCCAUGCUACCAAGAGUCCUCUGCACUCUAAUAUGUAAAAAAAAAGAAAAAAAAAGGGCUUUGAUAACACUAAAGCGUGUGUGUGUGUGUGCGUGCAUGUGUGUGUGUAUCUGUGUGUGUUUAGCUCCUGUUUCACUGCUGCUCAAUGCCACAUUUUGCCUUCAUCUCAUUUUAAAGGACAGCCCAAAGGCUUUUGCCCGGUCACAGGGGGUGAUGUGAAUAUUCCCCCAUAAAGCUGGUGGAGACUGUGAUUCACAGCUACUGAUGAAGCAAUGCACUGAACUUCCUUAGGGACCCAUCAGGGCUUAUUUCCCCUGCUCACCUCAUCUCAUAUAAUGCAUACUGUUCUAGAGAGAUACAUGAUGAUGUGCAUAUUGAUUGAAAGUUUGACUGUACCUUGACAUAGGGUUGUAUGAUAACUGCAGCGCACUGUGUAAUAUGUGUGCAUCUGGCCCUUGGCAAGUAUAUGGUUAACAACUUCAGUUCUGCACAUGUAAUUACACAUGUAUUAGGCUAAAAUGUAAAAUGAUGGCAUAUUUAUUGAUCAUAAACUGUAGAGGACUGUACGUUUCAUUUUAUGUUUGUACAUAAAAUGUCACAGGGUGAAUGAUGCUAUAAAAUAUUGUAUGUAUUAUAUUCGUAUAUUUUCUGAUUGUUUACAAGUUGAAUCACAUUCUAAUGCUGUUGCACACAGUGGGCUACUGAUCUGGCUUCUGUGUUUUUGAUCUGUAAAUAUGAUGUGAUUUACACUGAAAAAAUAUGUAUGUUAUUUAAGGAGUACUGAGCGCAUCCAAGAUGUCCUAUUUUCUAAGUAAUGUCUAUUUUCUAGGAGAUGAAUUAUUGGAAUAAUAUUCUCUCAGAGAUUGUUUAGCUUUUUCACUCUUUCCUUUGACUUGGCUGAAAUGCGUGCAAUACAAAGAGGUGUGUUUUUUGUUUGUCUGCUUUUUUUUGUUUGUUUUAUUUUUUGUUCUUUUUUUUUGUUUUGAUUGAAAGUGUGGUUGCUCCAAUGUCAAAAUAGAAAUUUUAAUAAAAUUAUAUUGGUAACUCUAAAUGUUCUGACUAUAUGAGCAUUUUCAUGUGAAUGACAUGCUUCAGAUAAUUAGGACAAAGAUAUAAACUGU